UGCUAGAGUUCCACCACCUUUUGAAAUAGGACUACAGAACCGUCCUCCGGGCAGGAAUCACAGAGGAAGGAGGUUUGAGAGAGCAGAUAUUGAUCAGAUGGGGGUCCACAAUUGGGUUGAGAACAUGUUCCACAUGAUAGAGACUGGAGAAGUAGACGAACAUUCCGCUCACUACAUCAACCUUGCUCACGAGAUGAUAAAAAGGUUCAGCGCAGUUGUUUUUAUGAAAGAAAAAGAGCGUCUCGGUAAAAAAGCUUCUAAUCUCAUACGAAAGGUUCGGACGAAACAUCACAUUAAAGAAGAUGAAGCUCUAGAAGUUACUAUCGACAACACCAGAGCUGCCAGAAAAGUCUACAGAGACCUGCUCAAGAUUACUGGCAUCAGAGAUCUACCUCAGAUAUUUGUGAACGAAACUUUUAUUGGUAGCUGGCAGGAUCUGAAGACUCUUAACAAGACAGGUAUGCUCUCGAAAGAAUUACUGAGUUCAAUAGGAUUCAAAGAUUUGUUCUGUCCGAUUUGCGCAGAGACUGGAGGGAAAAACCACGAGGCCCAUAAAGAUAGGGUAAAGAACUUUUAG